UCGUUCAUCGGACAUCAUUUUGAGACACUCUGUCUAAACAGAAGUCAGCCCUGCGACUAACGUCCAGGUCGCACCAUGUUUGUAACGGAGUUCUUCGACAGUGCACUUAGAGGCAUUUCUGCUGCCGACUACAGGGUCGUUGAAGGCACCGACCCUCAAAGUGCCAUGUACCUGUGGAGGCAAAUGGACGGUUUCUUACUCGGCGACUCAUCUUUCCGUCCCCUACAAGACAGGAUUGCCAUGACCGGGAAGUUGACAGAGUUUUAUUUGUACGCCCAAAGCAUGCUUGACAUGGGAUCCACUUGGUUGGCAACAUGGGGUACUGUGCUUCAAUACCCCAGAGAUACAUGCUGCCUACCACCAUUCUCUGAUGUUCACACGUCCAACUGCCAUGGUUCAUAUGUCCCUCACAGGUUGGGUAAAGAAUGAAGCUACAGAUUACUGAGUAAGAUUACACUACAUGCGUGAGUAGAACGUCAACGUUUCCAGAAUGAUCUGACAAGAUAACAAUGAAUCUGAGGGUCACCAUGGGAAGAUCCUUUCUUUCUUUGUGCAUGUAAAUGCGUGCGUGUACACGUCGUUUCAUUCUACAUUUUUACGUGAUAAUGCAGGUAAUUGUGGUGCAUCAAUAAGGGAUCAGAAAGGAAGGGGAGUUCACGACUGCAUGCACUUUACUUUACUUUACUUUACUUUACUAAUUUAUUGACUAACUGCACUUGAUAAAAACAGCUUUCUCUGUGUGCGUGCCUGAGCGCGCUCGCUUUCAUUUGUACAUUUUGACUGAGUUCAUCGCCCAUUUUUUAAGUCAGGGAACGGUAACGGUAGCUGAGGCAGAAAGGCCGUAUUACCGAAAUGAGAGAUGGUAUCGAUACCGGAAACGGGAACGCAUACCACGGUACUCCAUUACCAGAAGCGGAAACGAAACUGACCAUCUUGUAUUGAAUUCGGGCAAGAGUUAUUCCGGUUGUGCAGUGACAUGACGGACUUUUCAUUUUAUUUCCUUUUUAUUUUGUCUCUAUUCCCAGCAAUAUAUGCUGUGAAUACCACACAAGAUUAUGGGAAGCGGGAAGAGUUUAAUUGCAAAUAAAAGCACACUUUACGUGACCCGUUAGUGAGAAUUUUGAAGAAAGUAUUCAAUAAUGAAACAGAGAAAUAGGUUGAGAAGCAUUUGUCUGCAGAAAGUAAUCGGUCAUAAGUCAACAGGAGAUAAACUAUAGUCCAGUUCAACUUAAGAAGGAAAAAAAAUGUAUUCCGGCAGCUCUCAAAAUAUUACUGCGCCGCAGAUAGGAUAGCUGGACGCAGAGUGGUCACGCUCUCUCCCUGCGCCAGAUAAUGUAAUCAAACAUACUCACUUCGCUUUCGUAUUGAUUGUUAAGACUAUGACACUACGUUGCAGCAGAAAGUGCUCUCCCCUACCGGUGGCGCAUGGAGACGCUGCAGUCCUUCUCCUAGCGUGCUAUUGCAGCUCCGUAGUUGACGGCGUACGUUGUUGACGGAGUAGAUUUCUUUUCCUUCGUAAGUUGAACACGACUAGUCCACAUGACAACACAAUAUGAACAGCUAUUAUGCAGAAAGCUUGUAGGUUCUGUUGACAUUUUUCUCUGUUGACUAUAAACAGAAAGGCAACAGCAAUCUCCGUGACUACAAUUGUUUCACGGUCUGUGUGUUUCUCUAAGAUACGAGAGUUAUUUGUGUAUUGAGAUUUAAUUGUGACUAAUUGGGCCGUUGGAGGUGAAGCCGACCCAGUCUCCGUACCUUUUACUAAUGAUUACCAGGUUCCCAGCGUGCACAGGAACCUGAACCAACCAAUACAGUUUCUCUCAUGAGUCCAAUGCCGACACAGAAGUACACAAUAGUAGGUGCAACUUGAAACCCUUUUACCUAAUUACCUGUCACUCGCUGGACGGUUUAUUUCGAUAUUUUUUCUUGGUUGCCUUAAGGCGGAUUCAUGCGACCUAGUUCACGUUCGCUUCUGAAGACAGUUGACUGCACCGUUGCAAGAUUGUUCUGUUCGCUUUCCUUUCUUCACGCGCUUUAAGGAAGAGUCUGCAUCAGCGUGCAGAGCAUGCUAGCAAACGAUAAAUCCAUUAUUUUCAUUCACAGGGAUCUGGAAAGCUGCAACCAAGCUUGUCGAAUUUUUGGGAUUGCCAUCAAUUCCCAGACUGUCACUGUAGGGAAUGACAUCAUCCUGGCCCAAAUAUCGCGGGUGGGCGUGGCUUGAUGAGCGAUUUUGUUGCAUCUCCCAUAAACUCCCAUGUAUUGAAAAUUUGACAAACACGAAUUCGCCAAAAAUCAGUGAAUCGGGCCAGGCCUUCAAAACUUCGUGAUUCCCUAGAUAAACUCGAGGAGAACACCCCUGUACCAGUUUCCUGUAGUAAUUUAGCGAGGUUUACGAGAACCGUGCGGACAAAAAUUCCCCAUAGACUUCCUUAAGAAGUGAAUCCGCCUUAAAGGAGCAGUCUAGAGGCCCAGAGCUUUUUUUCUAUUUUUGGUCAGUAUGGAAUGUUAGGCGGCCGAAAACAGUUUUCCCACAAUUAGUGCAACCGUAGCUAAAUUGGGACGCAGCAAUAGCUCCCCGAACCUCCCGCGCGCGAAACACCCUCCUUCGCCUUCACGAUAGGCACGUGAUGAGCGCCACCACACACGUCACUAUGUGACGCAAGUGGUGAGGACGCUCCUCAUUGGACUUGGGAUCACAUGAUCGAGGGGAGCAACAUCGCCCAGGCCGGAGCGUCUGCUACCGCUUGGGAGACGCCAUGCGUUCUCCGGCUUCGUGAUGUCCGAAACGGAGGGUUUGAAGGCUGUCAACGACACAACCACAAUUUUUUGGGACCGCAGGCACCGCGGGAAGAACGAGUGGUGCAGCCCGAACUUAACUGCGUUUGUACAGCAAAAACCCCGUGCUUCUCGACAGUGUGCAGCCUGUCCGACAGUUUUCACCGCGCAGUUGGUUCAGUGGCUAACAGGUGGCGCCACAAUACCGCUUCCACAAUACAGCUUCGCAAUAGCUUUCUGCUGCUGUGAAUUGAUGCGUAUACGAAGAGGGGAGUCAAGUCCUGUAGAUCACAUAAACAAAAUACAGAAGCCGACACUGAAGAUUUUUGUUUAAGUUUAAUUUGUACAAGCUUUCGCGUGGAGGUCCACGCUUCCUCAGGUACAAAGUGAA